GGCACCAUGUUUUCCUUCAAGAAUAAUGGAAUACUUAUUGUUGUACUAGAUGCCUGUACUGGCACAGUGUUGGGAAACAAAUUAUUUUCUGGGGUAGACAUUAGGCAUAUAGAUGGAUAUUUAAAAUCUGAAAUUCCACAAAGGUCUAUCAUUCUGCUGAGCACAAGAGGUGAUGUGGCAAUUCCUAAUAAUUUAGCUGAGGCCUUUAUGUCCCUGGGGACAGCGAAACCACCUUAUCUUCAGAGCAAUGGAAGCUUGGCCUUUCUGGGCUUCAGAGGAAACAUUAAGCCAUCCUGGAUUAAGCUCUCUACCAGUCCUGCUGGGCAUGGGCUCGUUCAGAUAGAAAAGUAUAUCCCUCUGCAACUGGAAGAGUAUGGCUGUGCCAGAGCGAUUAAAACCCGUCGGAAAGACCUCGAGCUUCUAAAGAAGGCUGCACGAUCUCAUUAAAGACUAAGAUGUACAUAAAAUCUGGGGAAAAAAUGUGAACUAACUUAUUUUUUAAUUUAUGGCAUUGUAAACUAUAUUGUUACCCAAGUAAACCAUGUUAUUGUCUGACAGAUGUUUGCCAGCAUUGACUGCUUGAAUGCCAAUCUGUGCACCUUCUAGUUGUACAAAAUAAUAAAGAAUUUAUUAGUAUUUGUAUAAACAGGUUUCAGAGAUUUUUCAGAUGUUUGUAUUUACUGUAAACAAGUUCCUUCUGUUUAAUACUUCUUUUGUAUGUAAGAGGGUAUUCAUAAAAGCCUUAAGUUUUUAAUAACAGGUGUUGGAGUCCAUUUUGGGUUACUUGAAAGAUUAACAUCAAUGCCUUCAUAAACAGCUUGAGUCGGUCAUUAUAACUUAAGCAUUUUUCCCUCAGCUGUUUAGGUGUUUCCUUGGGAGUUUAUCAGUCAGCUCAGUUACAUUCUCAGUCUAUUUUCCCAUGUGUUAAAACCCGAUUUCUGCUAAGCAUGCAGUUGAUUCAAGGGAUUUUAACUGCAGUAAAAAUUUUUGCUUUUCUGUUGAAAGAUGGAGGGAGGAAUUCAAAGAUCCAGCCUGGGGCUGAGUGAGGAUUGUGUACUGUUCAGCGAAGUUUUACAAGGCUGUGUGUGCAAGCAUGGCAUGCAGAGCAGGAAAUUACUCCUGUUCUUUAGGAACACUGUUUAUUAUUCCCUCUAAAUACACAGGUGUGUCUGUAAGAGUUACUUCAAUAAACAGUCUAAAAGUUAAGGCUGCAGUCUUGAAUGCAGCUUGACCUCAGCUUAGUCUUCUUCUAAAGCUUUUAGCCAGAGGGGCAAAGCUGAGAUACUGUUAUUCUCAAUUUGUUAGGAAAUUAGGCUUCUAGAACUCUUGCAGUGGUGUUUUUUUCUUUUUUUUUGUUUUGUUUUGUUGUUGUUGUUUUUUGUUAGGUUUGUUUUGUUGUUUGG